AUGCCGCGCGUGCUGCUGCUGCUACUGCCGCUACUGGCGGUCUCUACACUCACGCGAGGUGCCGAUGUCUUCGUCAUCGCUGACACUGCCAAUCAAACGAUUACUAUCGCAGACGCCGCUAAGGAGACUAUCGCGGAAGCCAACGACUUCGCCUUAGCCGCUAAUGACACUGUUACAGACUCAGACGACGAUCACGAACCGGUUGUGCGUAAAAAACGUACCUUUGGAGAUGUCGUAUUUAGAGGUCUAGCUGAUGUCCUGGGAUAUAGUGUAGCUCGGAAACCUCCUCAAGUAGCGUUUCCGCCGCCACUUGCACCAGUACCCGGUAUAGACACGCCUUUGCAAGGUGUUCCAGUUGCAGUGGUACCUAUACUAGCUGCAGCUCCGGCUCCCGCCCCAGCACCGGCAACACCACCUUGUGGCGCACCUCGAGCUGCUGCACCUUUGCCUUGUAGGGCACAAGCACCACCACCACCAGCUCCACCGAAACCUACACAGCCUCCGUGUCCAAGGCCAAGAGCUAACCCAAGACCUAAACCGAAGCCAACACCGAAACCGCGACCAACAGCGCCGCCGCCACCACCACCAUGUGCAAGACCUCGUGCUAAUCCUACAACUCCAUCACCUUGUGCACCUCCUCCACCACCACCUCCGCCACCGAAGGCUGAUUCUAACCUUGAAACAAUUACGUCUAACUUUCGUUUGGACUUUAACUUUAAUAGAGCGCAAGCGACACCUGCUCCUGCUCAAGCUGCUGAAGAGGAACAAGCAGAACAAGAACAAAUUGUACCCGUGGCAAUCCAGCCCCGAGCAGCACAACUGCCUCUGGAAUCACCGCGCACGCCGCGUGUCUACUUAGAUGCAUUCGUGGUGCGAAACGGAGUACCACAAAAAGUUCAUGCUGUAGAUGCCCGAAACUUAAAUCAGAACCAAGCUCAAGAAGAUUAUUUAGUAUAUGACGAAGAGGAACAACCUCAGCAGAAUCAAGAUGACGAUUAUGAGUAUGUGGAAGAGUCCCGCGAUCGUGCUAAAGCUGUUCGAGAAUUUGGAAACGCAGUAGACCGUUUCUGGGAACAGAAACAAAAGAAACCAAAAAAGAAGCUGCCAGCGAAUGAUUAUCGGAAUGUGCAUUUUGGCGAUCGUGAUUUGGUCAAUCAAUUUCGACACCAAAACGACGAAAAACUUCAGUACAUCCAAAAGACGAAGCCAAACUCUAACCGAAUUCCCUUACCGUUACCAGAAGAAGAAGAAGAAGAAGAGGAAGAAGACGAAGUAACUACAACAACACAAAAUCCACGAAGACGACUGAAACCACGUGUACUUCCCCCUACAGAGCACAACCCAAAUCAGAUCGAUACUGUUACUGUUCGAGUUCCACCCAUAUACAAAGAGAAGAACCCGAAGAAACUUCACCGUGAGCGACCUGAACGACCAGAUAGGGAUGAAGAUGCGGAAGAAUCAGAAGAAGUUCAGGGAUCAGAAGAGCAACAAUACCCGUCUGACUCGGAGACUGAUAAUAGUGAUACCGUCCCUCAAACAGAAAAACCUAAGCGCAAGCGCCGUCGUAAGCCAAAACGAAAAACUAGAUCGACACACGAAGCUUACACCGCCGGAGAUUAUGAUUAUUAUGGCAACAAAUUGCCCAUAUCGGAUGAGGAGGAUUUUUAUCGUGGAUUGACUAUUCCACCACCAACUAAAGACGCUGAUGUGGCACGUUUAGAAGAGGGAAAAAAUGAGGAUAAUCAUUUCUUGGAUGAUCACGAAAGACUUCGUGAUGAUCCGGAAAGAAUCAAGAGCAAUGACAAAAGCUACGACAGGGAACACGCGAAUGACGAUGAACGAGCGGACGAUUCGGAGAGAGCUGACGAAAGCGAACGUUCUUACAAGGAAAACGAACGAGAGGGUGAAAAUGAGCGAACCGAUGAUACCGAACGAACAGAUAAACUAAGCCCUAACGCCCGAGUACGAGAGACAGGCUACCAGAACAACUACGUGCAUGCCACUAACGUCCAAGUCGAUGACCCCCGGCCUCUCGUCUCAACCGUGAAGAGGAAAACUAAAAAGAUCAACAAAGCCUGA